CUAUGGAAGAAACUAAGGUACAGAACACUGGAGGCCAUGACAACAACAGAGGCAGCAGAGGCAAGUCCAGAAGAGGAGGAAGAGGCAGAGGCUUCGGAAGAGGUGGCAAAAAGUUUGAUAAUAACAACAAUAAUAAAGAAGAAACCAAAGGUGGUCACAACAGAAAAGACGGCAAAGAUAACAAAGGAAACAAGAACAAUAGAAGAAGAGGCCAUGCUCCAAGUGAAGCUCCCAAAGACUCAUUCUUCUACAAGUUCCAUUUCGGUCCUUGGCCAGAACUCAAAGAAGUCGAAGUGACUCUUGAAACUGAGUUGCCAGAACAGAUCGCUAAGGAAGAUAGACUUAAAGAACCCACAAAAGAUGAAUACAUCAAAGGCAUGCAGAAGCUCGAUGACGAAAUUAAGGCUCUCAUCGAAAAGAUCAAGAAGACCAGAGCUGACAAAGAAGAAGUCUUUCAGAGAGGAAGAGAAGAAAGCAAGGCUAAGGCCGAUGCUGAAGGAACCAAGAAUGAAGGCAAAUCUUUCAAAGAACUUGUUGAAGAAAAGAGAGCUCUCAUCGCACAGAAGAAGGAGCUUGACGAGAAGUCCAAGAAAGAAAAAGCCAUCUGCAAGAAAGCACAGGAAGAGUUCAAGUCUCUUCAAAAGAAUGUGAAUCCCAAGUUCAAAACUACCAAAGAAGUCAACAGGAGAAUCAAAGAUGUUGAGAAGUUUAUUUUGACUGAGACCAACAGCGCCAAGCAAGAAAAAGAAUACUACAAAGAAAUUGAUUUCCUCAAAAAGUCUAUCAAGUAUGUAGAAAAAUUGGAGAAGGUCCCAGACACCAAGGAGAACUGGAACAAUGCCAGAGAUCUUGACAAGAAAUGAAAGAAAUUCAGACAUGAAAUCUCCCAGAUCGAUGCCCUACUUGACAUCAUGAGUGCUGAAAACAAAAAGAGGAAGGAACUCUCUGAAGACAAGAAAGUAGAACUCAAGAAGUUUGACGAGAAAAUGGAUAAAAUCAGAGAACAAAUCAAAGAAGUUGAAAAGAAAAAAGAUGAAGCGAGAGAAGAAUAUUACAAACUAAAGUAUGAGUUUGAAUGCCAGAAGGCUAGCAUCAUCCAUGUCGACAGGAUGUACAGAAGGAAGAACACACUUCUCAAAAUUGAAGAAGACAAGAAGAAGGCCGAAGAAGCCAAAAGAGCUGAGAGAGAUGCCAUGCCAAAUCCUUUCGAAGAAGAUAUCUCCACUUGUGACUUCCUCAUUAGGUUCUGCAAAAAGUUGGUCAGAGACAGAACACAGAAAGAGAACAAAGUCCAGAAAGACACCCAGGCCAAAGAAGACUUAGCCAAGAAUGCUGAAGAAAUCAAGAAGCAGGAAGAAGAAGGGAGAAAGAGAAAAAGAAGAAGUCACCAUCAUCGGAGGCAGAGCAGGCGAAACAAGAGAGCUCCAAAGCAAGAAGAAGUCAGAGAGCCAAAGGACCCCAACGAACUCAACUUCAAGUACGAAAUCAUCCAGAACUUCGGACAAGUCGGAGUCAACACUCCUGCUCACUUCGAUGAAUUGGCAGCUAAAAUUGAAGAACUCGAAGCCAAGAAGACUGAACUCUUCACUAAGGGAGAGAAAAGACUUGACCAAGAGUUCCUCAAAUCGGGAGAUGACGCCACCGAAGAGGCAAACAAAGAGACUGGCAGCAAGUCGACCAAAAAGGCAUUCAACCUUGAAGAAGAGGAUGAAGCAAACUGGCCAACAAUGCAAUAAAUGAGUUUAGAUAUUUAUA